AUGAAGAGACUAGAAGAGGAUCUUAUCAACAUGGAGGAUGAUAAAAGCCAGAAUGCUUUAGCUUACGCCAUUCAAGGCGGCUUCAUAGAAGCUGUGGAAAUGCUCGUCGACAUGGGUGUCAAUGUACAUGAUGAGGAUUUCAAUGGUGCAAACUGUUUUCAUCAUCUAAGCAACUGGCCUGUUGGUGACGAAACCAACGUGAAGAAGGUAGCGGAUGUUCUGCUGCGGUCUGUCCUAGACUACGCUAAACCCGACAAGUUUGGCAAGACACCAUUGCACUGCGCAGCUAUGGCCGGGAGGUGGUAUUGGGCGCGGUUUUUCCUGAGCAAAUAUGACGAAUUAGCCAAAAUAUCACAGGAAACUGGAAAUACUAACCCAUUGUUGUUGCUGACCAAUGGAAAUAGAAAAACUCUUUUCUACGCUACCGCCCAAGGUGCAGUGGGUGACGCUAUCAAGAGACAGCGAAUUGAGCAGCUCGACUCUAUUGAGUUCUUCAAAGAGUUGAACAGUGUAUUAUCCAAAUAUACUGACACAGCUUCAUUGAUUUUAAAGCCUGAUAGCAUUGGCAGGACCCCAUUACAUAUUGCUGUUCAGGGGCGCUGUCUUCAAAUGGUUGAGGCGAUAAUUUCUAUCAACCCUGAUAUCAGUCGUGUCGAUCACUAUCUGAAAAGUGCACUUGAUGUAGCAAUGCAUAAUCUGACGAAAACACGGAUAGAAUUAAGACCGAGGCCCGGAAACUUGGAUAUUAAGGCGGCAUCCGAACUUGCUGUUCAAAUAAUCCGGUGUCUGGAGUCCCACAGCGGCUCGGUUUCAUCCCAGUUUCCGUUCCCAUUGUUCAAGGAAUUGGUGCACUCGACCAUGCAAUCAACCAUGUUGGACUCGAUAUUAGCCCACCCCGAGACUCGAGACCUGAUUGAUCGAUAUGGUUCCGCCUGUAAGCGCCUUCACGGCUGGUAUUUAUCUGAAUAUAUCGUGAAGGUAAGUGUGGUACGUCUGAAUCGGAUGCGAUAUCCAGGGGGAGAGCCUGUCUCGUACCCAGACCUGGAAGGGGGAGAGCGUCUUUUAUCGCCGCCGUCAGAAUUCGCAAGACCAACACGGAUAGGCUGGGCAUCGUGUUCUAUAGAACUUUCAAAUGAUGCACUCGAAGUCUUAUCUACCGGAUCCAAGCCAAAUCAAUACUAUUUCGUUAUACCGGAUCACCCUAUACCCCCUAUGAACGCGGUUUUCUACUUUGAAGUAACACUGAGCAGCGGACUAUCCGACUUUGAAUUAAGUGGCGUUUUCUGCGAGAUUGGUAUUCGAUGCCCGGGGCUACAAGCCCCUCAUUUUGCUUGUGAUAUCUUUGAUGGUUCAGUCUCUUGCGAAUAUACGGACCGAUUCGAAUGGCCGUAUGAGGGUGAUUUGAAGCAUGUGUCCCAAGCAACAGGGAAGGGCACAUCAAAUCCAUUCACAGAUACUAAAUAUCGUUGCUUCGGCUGUGGUAUGAACCCGGUAACUCAGGUGCUUUUCUUCACUGUCGACGGGGCUGUGGUUUUCACGACCACUCAGCUCGAUCCAAAUGUUUAUUACCCCUUCUUCGGAUUCUCCAACUAUUCUAGCAGUUUCAAGAUAAACUUUGGAACGGAAAAGUUCAUGUUUGAGCUUGCUAAUAAACAAGAUAGGCCGCUCGAGGUUGAUUGGAGAGAAACGAUAAUGGAUUGGAACUAUGAUCCUAGAGCGAGGGAGCUGUCCUCAGCCCGCAGAUUUUCAGAACGUGAUCUUGAAUAUAACAUAGGCGGAUAUUAUUAG